AUGGGUGUUAAAAGCUCAUUAACAAGAGAACCCACCAACGAGAAAUACUUUAAAAAGAAGAUACCUCAACGAGAAGACCCGUCACCGAGAGGACCCGUCACCGAGAGGACCCGUCACCGAGAGGACCCGUCACCGAGAGGACCCGUCACCGAGAGGACCCGUCACCGAGAGGACCCGUCACCGAGAGGACCCGUCACCGAGAGGACCCGUCACCGAGAGGACCCGUCACCGAGAGGACCCGUCACCGAGAGGACCCGUCACCGAGAGGACCCGUCACCGAGAGGACCCGUCACCGAGAGGACCCGUCACCGAGAGGACCCGUCACCGAGAGGACCCGUCAACGAGAGGACCCGUCAACGAGAGGACCCGUCAACGAGAGGACCCGUCAACGAGAGGACCCGUCAACGAGAGGACCCGUCACCGAGAGGACCCGUCAACGAGAGGACCCGUCACCGAGAGGACCCGUCAACGAGAGGACCCGUCAACGAGAGGACCCGUCAACGAGAGGACCCGUCAACGAGAGGACCCGUCAACGAGAGGACCCGUCAACGAGAGGACCCGUCAACGAGAGGACCCGUCAACGAGAGGACCCGUCAUCGAGAGGACACCGAAUCGAUGAUCAGUCACGAUAACCCAGGAGCCAACAGCCCAGGACCCAACAGCCCAGGAGCCAACAGCCCAGGACCCAACAGCCCAGGACCCAACAGCCCAGGAGCCAACAGCCCAGGAGCCAACAGCCUAGGACCCAACAGCCCAGGAGCCAACAGCCCAGGACCCAACAGCCCAGGAGCCAACAGCCCAGGACCCAACAGCCCAGGAGCCAACAGCCCAGGACCCAACAGCCCAGGAGCCAACAGCCCAGGACCCAACAGCCCAGGACCCAAAAGCCCAGGACCCAACAGCCCAGGAGCCAACAGCCCAGGAGCCAACAGCCUAGGACCCAACAGCCCAGGAGCCAACAGCCCAGGACCCAACAGCCCAGGAGCCAACAGCCCAGGACCCAACAGCCCAGGACCCAACAGCCCAGGAGAAUACAAUUAG